AUGUACCUUAGCAGCAGUAAUGACUGGUCGGAUAGGCAGCUAACCUCGCGUCCAACUAGCCACCCUGCACCCCCUGAAGCGUCCCCCCCUUUCCGUGAUGCAGAGGCUAUAAAGCCCUCAACUCGGACUGACGAGCAGCUUCCCCUCCCCGGCCUGUUGGAGGGUGAAGAUGCCUCGCGAUUCAGCACAGCCUCUGCUAUAGCCGUAAAGGCUGUCGUAAAGAAAAUCCUGCGAUGGAAGCGAGAUGGCUUCCCAGGAGGGCAGCCAGUAUCCCUCAGCCUGCAGAACGUCACGGAGCUUUUUCGAAAUCCGUAUGUAGCGUGUGAAAAAACCGACGGCAUCCGCUUUCUCCUCUACGGCUCGAAUAGGCGAAUUUACCUCAUUGGCCGUCGCGAUGAGGUGCGCGAGGUAGCAGAAAUGUAUCUUCCCAGGGCAGUCGAUCUGCGGGAGGCUCAAGAAAUGACGCUUUUGGAUGGAGAGCUGGUCAUGGACCGACGGGAGGGUGGCGGCUUUCUAUGGCGCUAUUUGAUCUAUGACUGCAUGUGUCUUGAAGGCGAUGAGGAGCUGCAACGAAUGAAUCUUUUGCGUCGUUUACAGGCAGCAAAAAAGUUUGUCACAGAGCCGCUGGCGCGUCUUAGGGAAGUGCAGCGACGGCAGGCACCCGAUGCCUCACGGAGUUUGUCCGCAGACUCGCAGCAACCAUGCGGAUUGGAAUAUAUGGCGAAUGGAGGUUUCUCCGGCCUUGCGCCAGCAGAAUCUGCUCAGAAGAAUCCCCCUUUGGAGAUAUAUCUGAAGGACUUUUUUGAGAUAUUUGACUUGGAGGCGAUUCGGCGAAUGGCGCUGCGGCUCCCACAUCCCUCGGACGGCAUCAUCUUUACCCCUGUGAAGCUUCCCUACGUGACGGGGACAUGCCCUCUCCUGCUCAAGUGGAAGCCCCCACACCUUAAUACGGUUGAUUUCAGCGUGGAACCUGUCUACGAUUUGGAGGGGGUUCCCCAAAUUUUUAUUCUCUGCGCAGGGUACCGGGGGGUGAGGACCUUCGCGGGCCUAAUUUUGGCACCUUAUGGCGAGUUCUAUAAGGAGUUGUACGAGAUGGCGUGCCGCGGAAGCGCGGGAGGGACAAUUGUUGAGUGUUUCUGGCGCUCCUCUGCGCCGGUCUACACGUUUUAUCCUGCAUUACGAGAAAAUCCGACUUCGCGAGAGGAGCAGAGAUGGACUGCACGAAACCAGGGGCACCCCUUCUACGACUUUGAUAGAGGGGAAUGGAGAGAGGGUGGAUGGGUUGCAGAGCGCAUUCGAACCGACAAGACAAUGCCCAAUGACAUGCGGGUUCUCCUUAAUGUCAAGCGCAGCAUUGAUGACGGAGUUAGUUUCUCUGCUCUACAACAGGAGAUCGAGCGAUUCAAAACACACAAGAAACGGCGCGUUGGUGAUUCCUGCAAAGGAGUGCCGCAGGAGGAAGCAGAUGCCGAGGAGGGGGCAGAACUGCGUAACCGCAGCUAA